AACAAGUAGCAUCUCGCCGUAAAAUGAAGACUGGAUACUGAUUUUUUUUUUGUUUUUUGGAAAGCGGUGUCUGAUAUAUAUUUUGGAGUUUGGAGCAGUCAGUUUCUGGUGUGGAAGGAGAAAGGACCCGAAGAUCUGGACCAGCGGUGCUAAUCGACCUGGAGUUGCUGUUUAACCAGCAGACAUGCUUUUAUCUGUCUCUGAGACGUCGUCACAUGGAUUCAGCCUUUGAUGGUAUCUCGAUUAUAUGCCGACAGCCCUGGAUUUCGGAAUAACUGGAGUGCCCUCGUUUCUUUUAAUAGACUAAACAUAGGAUGAGUGAGGAAGCAAAGAAAAAUGGUUCAAAGCCCUCCCACAGGAAGAAGAAGGGUAAAAAGACUGACACCAAUGCAAGCUAUUUACGUGCUGCCCGCGCAGGCAACUUGGAAAAAGCCCUUGAUUAUAUCAAAUCUGGAGUUGACAUAAACAUCUGCAACCAGAACGGGUUGAAUGCUCUCCAUCUUGCUUCAAAGGAAGGUCAUAUAGGAGUUGUUUCUGAACUGAUCCAGCUAGGUGCUAAUGUGGAUGCUGCAACCAAGAAAGGAAAUACUGCCUUGCAUAUUGCGUCAUUAGCUGGGCAAGCAGAGGUUGUCCAUGUCCUUGUAACAAAUGGUGCAAAUAUCAACGCCCAGUCACAGAAUGGCUUCACUCCUUUAUACAUGGCUGCUCAGGAGAAUCACCUGGAAGUUGUAAAGUUUCUUCUCGACAAUGGGGCAAGUCAGAGCAUUGCAACUGAGGAUGGGUUUACUCCAUUGGCCGUUGCACUGCAGCAAGGCCACGACCAAGUGGUCUCACUGCUACUGGAGAACGACACUAAAGGGAAGGUCCGAUUGCCAGCUUUACACAUUGCUGCUCGCAAAGACGACACCAAAGCAGCAGCAUUGCUUUUGCAGAAUGACCACAACGCCGACGUGGAGUCGAAGAGUGGCUUUACCCCGCUUCAUAUAGCUGCUCAUUAUGGGAAUAUAAACGUAGCAACUUUGUUGCUGAAUCGUGGUGCUGCUGUAGAUUUCACAGCCCGGAAUGACAUCACCCCGCUGCAUGUGGCCUCAAAGAGAGGGAAUGCCAACAUGGUUAAGUUGUUGCUGGACCGAGGAUCUCAAAUUGAAGCCAAAACCAGGGAUGGCUUGACACCUCUCCACUGUGCAGCAAGGAGUGGGCACGAGCAGGUGGUGGAAAUGUUGCUCGAUCGAGGAGCCCCGAUCCUUUCCAAGACAAAAAAUGGCCUGUCCCCUCUGCACAUGGCAACGCAGGGAGACCACCUGAAUUCCGUGAAGCUGCUGCUUCAGCAUGACGUGCCUGUGGACGAUGUGACCAAUGACUAUCUGACAGCACUGCACGUUGCUGCACACUGCGGGCAUUACAAAGUCGCCAAGGUGCUGCUGGAAAAGAAAGCAAACCCAAAUGCCAAAGCACUGAAUGGUUUCACUCCACUUCAUAUCGCAUGUAAGAAGAACCGGAUUAAAGUAAUGGAUUUAUUGCUGAAGUACGGAGCUUCAAUACAGGCAGUUACUGAGUCGGGCCUAACGCCUAUCCAUGUUGCUGCAUUCAUGGGGCAUGCAAAUAUUGUGACACAGUUAAUGCAACGUGGAGCAUCACCAAAUACAACAAAUGUGAGAGGAGAAACUGCACUGCACAUGGCUGCCAGGGCGGGCCAGGCAGAUGUGGUCCGUCAUCUGGUCCAGAAUGGAGCUCAGGUGGAAGCCAAAGCCAAGGAUGACCAGACUCCAUUGCAUAUUGCAUCUCGCUUGGGGAAGGCUGACAUUGUGCAGCAGUUAUUGCAACAUGGGGCAUCUCCGGAUGCAGCUACAACCUCUGGCUAUACACCACUACACAUCUCAGCUCGGGAAGGUCAUGAAGAUGUGGCAUCGGUCCUAUUGGAACAGGGGGCUUCGCUCUCUGUGAAUACCAAGAAAGGGUUCACUCCACUCCACGUGGCUGCAAAGUAUGGGAAAAUGGAGGUAGCCAAUCUCUUGCUUCAGAAGUCUGCGUCUCCCAAUGCCUCCGGAAAGAGCGGCCUAACUCCAUUACAUGUGGCAGCCCACUACGAUAACCAGAAGGUGGCCCUGUUGUUAUUGAACCAAGGAGCAUCACCUCAUGCAGCAGCAAAGAAUGGCUACACACCCCUACACAUUGCUGCCAAGAAGAAUCAGAUGGAUAUCGCCACCACACUACUGGAAUAUGGUGCUGACACCAACACAGUGACCAAGCAAGGCAUUACACCAGUACACCUUGCUGCCCAGGAGGGUCACGUUGACAUGGUAUCCUUGCUGUUGACUCGAAAUGCAGACGUAAACCUCGGAAACAAGAGUGGUCUCACACCCCUCCAUUUGGCUGCUCAAGAGGAUCGAGUGAACGUUGCUGAAGUACUAGUUAAUCAGGGAGCUGCUAUUGAUCCACAGACCAAGAUGGGUUAUAUUCCACUCCAUGUAGCAUCCCACUAUGGGAAUGUGAAGAUGGUCAACUUUCUUCUGCAACAUAAUGCUAAAGUGAAUGCCAAGACAAAGAAUGGAUACACCCCUCUUCACCAGGCUGCACAGCAGGGCCAUACUCACAUUAUAAACAUCCUCCUCCAGCAUGGUGCAUCUCCAGAUGAAGUCACAGUGAAUGGAAAUACUGCUUUGGCCAUUGCUAGGCGGCUAGGUUAUAUCUCGGUGGUUGAUACGUUGAAGGUGGUUACUGAGGAAACUAUGACAACUACAAUGUUUGUGACAGAGAAACAUAAACUGAAUGUUCCUGAAACUAUGAAUGAGGUUCUGGAUGUGUCAGAUGAUGAAGUUCAUAAAGCCAGUGUUCCUGAAAAUUUCAUUGAAGCCGAGUAUUUGUCAGAUGGUGAAGAAGGUGACGAUGCAAUGACUGGUGAUACAGAUAAGUAUCUUGGACCACAAGACUUAAAAGAGUUGGGCGAUGAUUCACUGCCAGUGGAAGGAAAUAUGAGUUACAUGGGCUUUAGUCUUGGAGCUCGAUCGGCAAGCCUCCGCUCCUUCAGUUCGGAUAGGUCAUACUCGCUGAACAGGAGUCCGUACGCCAGGGACAGCAUCAUGAUUGAAGAGCUGACCAAAGAGCCGGGUUUCCAUCCAGAGCUUGCGCAUUCCAUGGGUGGGCCAAUAGUGAGCAACUCUCUGAAGCACAUUGCGGUUUCUCGAGAGUAUGACAGCGACUCUUUGAAAAGAUUCAGCUGGACCGCGGAUACACUGGACAACGUCAACCUCAUUUCCAGCCCUAUCCAUUCAGGAUUCCUUGUCAGUUUCAUGGUGGAUGCCCGUGGUGGUUCAAUGCGCGGCAGCCGCCACAAUGGAAUGCGUAUCAUCAUCCCGCCCCGCAAAUGCACCGCGCCCACACGCAUCACUUGCCGUUUGGUGAAGAGGCACAAGCUGGCAAGCCCGCCACCUAUGGUAGAAGGGGAAGGGCUGGCCAGUAGGCUGGUUGAAGUUGGGCCAUCAGGUGCUCAGUUCUUGGGCCCAGUGAUUGUGGAGAUACCACAUUUUGGUUCAAUGAGAGGCAAAGAACGGGAGCUUAUUAUACUCCGGAGUGAAAAUGGGGAAGUCUGGAAGGAGCACCAGUAUGACUGUAAAGAACAGGAGCUGAGUGAUAUAUUAAAUGGUAUGGAUGAAGAACUCGAUAGCGUCGAAGAACUGGAGAAGAAGCGCAUCUGUCGUGUUGUUACCAAGGAUUUUCCUCAGUAUUUUGCUGUUGUGUCUCGGAUCAAGCAAGAAAGUAAUCAAAUGGGGCCUGAAGGAGGAAUGUUAAGCAGCACAACCAUUCCAAGCGUGCAAGCAUCCUUCCCUGACGGAGCACUGACCAAAAGAAUCCGAGUGGGGCUGCAGGCACAGCCAAUCCCAGAUGAACUUGUCAAAAAGAUUCUCGGGAACAGAGCCACGUUUAGUCCUAUUGUAACUGUGGAGCCAAGAAGAAGGAAAUUCCACAAGCCUAUUACCAUGACUAUUCCAGUACCAUCUGCAUCAGGAGAUGCAUCGAAUGGAAACAGAGAUGCUCCAAGCCUCCGACUGCUAUGCAGUAUAACAGGAGGUACAUCGCCUGCACAGUGGGAAGACAUAACUGGAACGACACCAUUAACCUUUGUCAGUGAAGGGGUUUCUUUCACAACAAAUGUCUCCGCCAGGUUUUGGCUUGUCGACUGUCAUCAGGUGCCAGAAACUGUUAGUUUAGCCACGCAGCUGUACAGAGAAUUGAUCUGUGUCCCCUACAUGGCUAAAUUUGUUGUAUUUGCCAAAAUGCAUGACCCAGUGGAGGCCCGUCUGCGUUGUUUCUGUAUGACGGACGAUAAAGUUGACAAGACGUUAGAGCAGCAGGAAAACUUCACAGAAGUGGCACGGAGCAAAGACAUUGAGGUGCUAGAAGGUAAACCCAUCUUUGUGGAUUGCUAUGGAAACCUGGUUCCUCUAGCCAAAGCGGGCCAGCAGCUUGUAUUCAACUUCUACGCUUUUAAAGAAAAUAGAUUGCCCUUUGGUGUGAAGGUUCGAGACAACGGCCAGGAGCCCUGUGGUCGUCUGUCAUUCCUUAAGGAGCCAAAGACUUCCAAAGGAUUGCCACAAGCAGCUAUCUGUAAUCUGAACAUUACACUGCCGGCUCACAAAAAAGAAGCCGAAUCAGAUCCAGACGAAGAGGUCGAGAGAGCUUCUGACCGCCGUCAAACUUUUGCAUCUAUGGCAUUACGUAAGCGCUACAGCUACCUUGCUGAGCCUGGAAUGAGCCCUCAGAGUCCAUGUGAAAGGACAGAUAUAAGGACAGCCAUAGUAGCAGAUCAUCUGGGACUGAGCUGGACAGAACUGGCAAGAGAAUUGAACUUUUCUGUUGAUGAUAUAAAUCAGAUUCGGGUUGAAAAUCCAAACUCUUUAACCACUCAGAGCUUUAUACUGUUGAAGAAAUGGAUUGUUCGAGAUGGAAAAAAUGCUACAACUGAUACCUUAAGCGGAGUCCUCAAAAAGAUCAAUCGAAUGGACAUCGUGACCUUACUAGAAGGCCCAAUAUUUGACUAUGGUAAUGUUUCUGGCACAAGAAGUUUUGCUGACGACAGCAGUGUAUUCCUGGAUCAGUCUGAUGGCUACUCUUCCAUCCAUGCGGAGCUGCUGACACCUGCUGCGUUAAGCUACUUGCCACCCACCCCUCUUCACUGUGAUGAUUAUUUUAGUAAUUACCCCAGUGUACAAUCAGCUUCCCCAACUCCCCAUCAAGUUAGUCUGGCAACAAAAGAAUUAUCACCUUUCAGCGAUGCUGAGGAAAUUUCAGCAGAUUUUGCUCAUGCUGAUUUGCCUGGGCCCUCUCUGGUGACAGAUGAGGCGGUCGCUUCCUUACCUGGGAAAGUGGAUGAGCCAGAAAGUACCAAAUGUGACUCUGACUUCCAGCCCGAGAGUGGUACCAUUUGUGUUGCUCAUCUGUCCACUAAUAUAGAGCAGGUGGAUCAUGUCCAGCCACAGAAGGAUGACUACGUGGCCGAACAAAAGGUGUCUCCCAAUCAGGCGCAGCAAGAAGGAAGACCUGAUACACCCAGUACUGAGGAUCUUGAAGGGUCCAUAAGAGACAUGGAGGUGGUGCAGCCAAGGCGAAGUUCCAGAGGUUCAGAGGAUGAGGAGGUGACAAAGGAAGAAGUCCACAUGCUUCACCCUGCCCAGAUUUCCCAGAAAGAAUUUUUUACAGUUCCAGGUUGGCGCAGCGACGCAUCCAGUGUAGACGUGGAGCCACCAACUCCGAAGAGCUGUCACCUGAGUACUGAUGAUCUGGAUGAAGGCAGCGCCAAACUUCAGGAACAAAGCAUCAAAAAUGAACUUGCUGGAUCAGUCAAGUUUCAUUUGAAAGGACCCGUUUUAAAACCAGAAGAGAAUGGGGAGCUUGACUUGCACAGGCUGGAACGUCAAAAAGAGUCAAGUCCUUUGAUUCAAGAGGUGACGGGUGAUAUGCCCAUAACGUCACAUGACCGAAAAACGGUGAACGGGAAGGUGCAGAAACGCUCGGCAUUAAUCACAGAGCAAGUGGAGUCGGUGAAGGAGAUGCAGGCAGACACCAGGCGGAUGGGCGCAGAGGAGCAUGGAGCCAGUGGGUUUGGUGUGGAGAAGAAACCAAGCUGGAGCACACCAGAGGGGAUUAAAUCAGGAACAAACAUCAGGGUUGAAGGACCUCUACCAGCAGAACACAAAGCUCAGGAAGAGGAUGCUAAAACAGUCCCUGAAGAGAUGGUUACGGAAGAGCAGUUCUUCGAUGAAGAUGGAAAUGUUGUCACCAAAAAAGUAACCCACACUGUGGUGAAGCGCCUUUUUUUGCUUUCGAGCAGGGACUGUGAUGCUAAUGAACUGGAAAGGGAAGGGCAAGGCGAUGAGGAGGGUGCCGAGUGUUUUGGAAGUGAUUUCAUGGGAGAGGAGGUUGAAGGAUAUAAAGUUGUCAGAGUGAAAAAGGAGACAAUUCGACAGGCAGACAAGAAGGCUCAUUAAUAUUGUGUAGGAGACAAAAUGGAGCUACAGGAACACGUUUUGCUACUGCCAGUAUCCAGGAGGAAAAGGCUGGAAGAGAGGAGCCGACUGCAGAUGAAGUGUGUGCCUGCUGCUUUCACACAUUAAAAGCAUGGUUUAGAUACAACAGGAUAUUUUAAUUUAGCAUGAGCAACUUUAAAACCGCAUGGGAAAUCACUUUCAUUCGUUGAUCUGAAGAGAGUGCAAUUGGCGCACCAAGUGACACAGGCGCUUUCAGUAUGAGUGACUUUUCACUGUCAGUGUGCCAUCGAGCAGAGAUUUUCUGUAGCGCCUUUGAUACCUUUCCUGUGACCGAGGAUGUUGACAGCAAAUCAUAAUGUAUCCAGUUCCAGCAAGGAGUGUACAAAUCACUGAUUAUUCACAACAUCUAGCCUUAUAAUUUUCUUGAACCCUUGGUGUCAGGGUAUAAAAAAAUUACUUGCUUAUUUAAAAAAAAAUAAAAACACACAUCAAAAAAAUCAUAAAUGGUUUUGCUGUACAUAAAGAACUCUGUAAAAAAAAAUUAUGAUCAGGUGGCGUUUUUGGAAGAAACGCAAAUGUGCUCUCCAAGCACUUAAACAGUUUUAGUGUCUGAUUCACGCUUUCGAAGUUGAUUCCACCUACUAAAGCGUUUUGAGUGUGACUCCACGAUUUCUUGUACAAUUAAUAGAAAAGGUAUAAUCUUUGUAUAUGCAAAAACACUGGCUUCAUUUUAAGAUAGCUUUCUUUCAGACUACACUGCAGGAUUUAAAAAUGAUUUUGAAAAAUGUAAUUCUGUGAAAAAUAAUCUCAAAACAAGGUUUCUUCAGACUACCACUAUUUUGAUGCAUGUGUCCCUCAUUUGAAUUAAACAUUUUUUUCUAAGUUUGGAGACACUGUUGAAUAUAAUACACUUUAUCACAUAUUUCCCUUUUAUUCUUUCUUGCUUUUUUUUUAUAACUAAAUGAUCUUAAAAGAUGCCAUACGUUAUGCAAAGGGGAAAUGUUUCAAGUUCUUGCUUCUAGAGGGAUUUAUGCUUGCAAUUCAAUAGUUGAACUAAUUAUCUUGCAAGCACAGUAUUAAAUGAGUUGAAACAAUGAAGUUGUACAUGCUUGUAGACUGGCAAAAUGCUGUAAAAUUAUUACUAUAUCAUGUGUAUUGGCAAUAAGAUGUAGAAGUCUUUCCAUAAGCCGAUCAUCUGUAAUCUUUUUUUUUAGCAGUGUAAUAAUAGGUUGCUAAGGCCUGCUGUGGUUAAAAGGACAUUCUACAUUUCAGUUUGGUGAACUAUUCUCCUUUGUUGAUUAUAUUCAUAUGAAAACAUUAAGCAGCCACUGAAGCUAGCUCUUAUAACAUAUGUAUGAAAACAAAACUCCACUGAAUGAUCUAAUUGAUUAUUCAAGCAACAAUAAAUUGUGUUAAAUCACUAACCUUA